AUUAAAAGCGUGCCUUCUUAUUUGGGAGAGACUUACCAUGUCUGCAGGCUGGAAUACGAUUUGCUGCUACCAACAGAGAGUCCGACGCCGUUCGUUCGCCUCCCCUCCUGCCCUACACCAUGUGGCAAGCCAAGGUCCAGCUAACCCAUGCUGCGCGCAGGGAGUUUUCACCUUCCUUAUCGAGAGUCUCGGCGUCAAGAACGUGCAAUUCGAAGAACUCCUCGACCUCGACCCGGAAUCGCUACAACAACUCAACCCGAUCGGCGUCAUCUUCCUCUUCAAAUACCCCACAGGCGAGAAGCCACAACGCGACAAACCUCUCGACGGCGACUUCGACUUCGCCGCCCUAACAGCCCCACAUGAACAAACCGACUUCGACACCAACACCAACCACCCUCUCUGGUUCGCAGCGCAAACCAUCCAAAACGCCUGCGGCACGCAAGCCCUUCUCUCCGUCCUCCUGAACAAAGACUCCGCCUCCGCCUCCACCUCCUCCGCCUCCGCGGAAGCAGAAGCCGAAGCAGGCGCCAUCGACAUCGGCCCCCAGCUGCGCGAAUUCAAAGACUUCACCUCCGCCUUCCCCUCCGACAUCCGCGGCGAGGCGCUGAGCAACAGCGCCCUGAUCCGCGACGUCCACAACUCCUUCGCCCGCUCCAGCCCCUUCGUCUCCGACGACACGCGGCUGGCGACGGAGGAGGACGACGUGUACCAUUUCAUCGCCUACACCUCCAUCAACAGCACGCUCUACGAGCUCGACGGCCUCCAACCCGCGCCCAUCCGGCAUGGCGACGCGGGAGCGUGUCCGCCGGAGAUCUUCGCCGAUGCCGUCGUCCCCGUGCUGCAGCGGCGGAUAGCGCGGUACCCGCCGACGGAGAUCCGGUUUAAUCUUCUCGCCAUGUGUGAGGAUUUGCGGGUGCGCGCGCGGGAGACGGGGGAUGCGGAGAUGCUGGCGCGGGAGGAGCGGAAGAGGCGGGAGUGGCGGUGGGAGAAUGCGUUGAGGCGGCACAAUUUCGUCGGGUUGAUUGGGGACGUGAUGAAGGGGGUUACGGCGGCCAAGGUGAGGGAGGGGACGUAUGGGGCUUGGAUUGAGGAGGCGAAGGCGGCGACGAGGAAGAGGGUGGAGGAGAGGCGGGGGAGGGGGCAGGCGGGGGAUGAGAUGGAUGUUUCGUGA